AUGGGUUUUUGCUCUACAUGGAUCAACUGGAUCAAUAGAUGCUUGAAGACUGUAACUUAUUCAUUCAACUGCAAUGGUGAAACCCAAGGAUUCGUGACCCCAGAGAGAGGAAUACGACAAGGGGACCAUUUGUCUCCUUAUUUAUUUUUAAUCUGUUCUAAAGGACUCUCCAGUUUGUUGAGGAAAGCUGAAGAUAGUAAAGAGAUCAAAGGGUUGAAAAUCAGUAGGAAUGGACCUGUCAUUACUCAUCUCUUCUUUGCAGAUGAUUCCCUCAUCUUCUGCAAAGCUGACAAGCAACAGGCUGCUGAGAUUAUGAAAGUCCUUAAAAUCUAUGAAGAAGCAUCAGGACAACUAGUCAACCUGGACAAAUCUGCAGUCUUUUUCAGCAGAAACAUGCAAAGUGAGCAAAGGGAAGAGGUGUGCCAAGCACUGGAAGGGAUGACCGAGGCUAAGCAAGGAAAAUACUUAGGCCUUCCAAUGGUGAUCUCAAGAACUAAAGAUCAGAUAUUUGGCUUUGUAGGAGAAAACAUCAAAAGAAGACUUCAAAACUGGAAAAACAAAUUCCUUAGCUUAGCAGGGAAAGAGGUAAUGCUGAAGGCAGUAGCAAUGGCCAUACCAACGUACGUCAUGUCAUGUUUUAAGCUGCCAAGAAAGCUUUGUAAAGAUAUUACUGCUAUGAUGGCCAACUUCUUGUGGGGAGAAACAAAUGGCAGGAAUAAAAUGUACUGGACUUCUUGGGAAAAAAUGACACGGAAAAGAAAUGAGGGAGGACUUGGAUUCAAGGACCUUGAAGCCUUCAAUAAAGCACUGUUAGGAAAGCAGAUAUGA